AACCACGCUUCACAAUAUGUCUUCUCCUUCAUUCACAAUGUCAGUCUUGCUGUCCCUUUCCCUUUUCUCACUCUUUGCUUUUCUUGCUCAGGCUCAAGUCCCGGCAAACGAAACUUUCAAGUUUGUCAAUGACCAAGAGUUUGGCCCUUACAUUGUAGAAUACGACGGAAGCUACCGUAUGCUUAGCAUCUUUGCUUCUCCUUUCCAAUUUGCCUUCUACAACACCACCCCGAAUGCCUUCACUUUGGCUCUCCGGAUGGGCCUGACCCGCUCGGAGUCCCUCUUCCGUUGGGUUUGGGAGGCCAACCGAGGAAACCCCGUUGGCGAAAAUGCCACCCUCACCUUCGGGACCAACGGAAACCUCGUCUUGGCCGACGCCGACGGCCGCGUUGCAUGGCAAACCAACACGGCCAAUAAGGGUGUCGUCGGCCUCAAGUUGCUUCCAACCGGAAACUUGGUCCUCUACAACUCCAAGGGCGUUUUCGUUUGGCAAAGCUUCGACUACCCGACAGACACUUUGUUGGUUGGCCAGUCGCUUAAGGCAGGGGGAGUGAACAAGCUCGUCAGCCGGCUAUCGGAGUCAGAAAACAAAGAUGGGCCGUACAGCUUGGUGAUGGAGCCUAAAGGAUUGGCUAUGUACUACAAGAGCCCCAACUCCCCGAAGCCUUUGCUCUACUUCUCAUUCUAUGACAGGAUCACCGUUCAGACGGGCACUUUGGACCAUGUGACGCUAAAUGUGGCUGAUACAGAUGACGGUUUUGCCUAUGACAUAACCCUAGAUUAUCAAAUCGCCAACAGUACUAACUCGGGUACACUCAUUCUAGCAAGACCAAAGUACAACGCCACAUCGACAUUCCUCAGGCUCGGAAUCGAUGGAAAUGUGAAGUUUUACACUUACAACGACAAGGUCGAUUAUGGUGCUUGGGAGGUAACCUUUAGACUGUUCGACAGAGAUAAUUUCGUUUGGGAACAGGAAUGCCAGUUACCUGAGCGAUGCGGCAGCUUCGGCGUCUGCGAGGACAGCCAGUGUGUUGCUUGCCCAUCUUCAAGUGGAGUGUUGUUGGGUUGGAGCAAGACUUGUGCGGCCGAGAAGCUAACUUCUUGUGAUGCAAAGAGCUUCCACUACUACAAAAUCGAUGGGGUGGAUCAUUUCUUGAGCAAGUUCACAACUGGAUCGGCUACGAAGGAGGCCGACUGUGGUAAGAAGUGCACUUCCGACUGCAAGUGUUUGGGGUACUUUUACAAUAGGGAUUCAUCAAGGUGUUGGAUAGCUUAUGAAUUGAAGACCUUGACCAAAGUUGCCAACUCCACUCAUGUGGGUUACAUCAAGGCACCUAAUCACUAGUAUCAUAUUUUUGAAUGUGUCGAUCAAAUAAGCACCGUACCUAAUAAUCUAAUAUGCGUUGGGGGCAGUUAUUUGUUGUAUUUCUCAUUCAUUAUUUUGAAUGUAAUAUUAGUCCGGAAUAUAAGAGCUCUGCUUGUGCUUCUAAGAGAUGCUUUUACUCUCUUUUAUG